CUUCUUUCCAAAAGAGAAGGCGGAAAGAAAAUUAAUUUUCCCACUCCCCCAAACACGAAAUAGAAAAUCCUUCUCUUUCCGAGAAAAAAAAGUGAGAGAAACAGCUCGGAAUUUGAUUGUUUGGUAUCUUGUUAAUCUUCAGCUUCAUAGAUCGGAGGAUUCCGGAGGUCAGAAAAUCUCCAAGUUUUACGUGCAUAGGGUACAUUUCUAUCGUUUAUUGCGUUGUUGACGUUCGCUCUGAUUCCUGGGGCUUCUGCAAAACCCUAAUUCGGUGUCCUGGGAUUUGCCUUGUUAUGGUUCUUCUUCCGUGGAUUUCCCUGUUUCUAGGGUUUGUUAGUUUUCCUGUUUGAGCCGAAUUCGAUUGCAGAUGGUUGCCUUAGCGAGUAACCGCAAGCGAAGCGACGAAUGCUGGAGCUUGAAUCACCAAACGACGAUCCCGUCAUCAUAUUUUCACACCUCGAAGAAACGGAGAUUCUCCUUUGGUAUACAGGCAAAUUCGGACAAGCCAGUUCCUUCUUCAAACAUUACAGUCUCGAGAAUGUCCAGGUACCCUGACGCGAAAGCCCCCUUUAAGCGAGAGGUUCACGCCCCUAGCAGAGGAUUUCUCAGAUUCGGAUUGUUGGGUCGAUCUUCAGUACAAGAAAGAAAGGUGAAAUCUAAUGAUUUCUGUGAGAAAGACCAGAUUGAUCGUGAAACGGGCAGUGUUUUCCGGCGCAAGUAUGAUGAUGCAAAGAAAACCGCACUGGAUGCAUUGAGGUAUUAUAAAAAGGAUAAGGAAGUGGUGGAUUUGGACGAUGAAUCUGAAAAGGAUGCAAUUUCCGAAGAUUCAAACACCGAAGAAGUUGAAGUGGUUGAAGUUGGUAGGGAAAAAUUGUUGGAGGAGACGAAUGUUAAGCUGUCUUCUUCUUCGGGCAUUACUGAUGUUGACAAUGGUAACAACCUGAGAAUAGAUGAUGCUGGCAAGAUGUUGGAUUCACUGUCUUUGAAUCGAGAAGUGGAGGAUUCUUCAGGCCUUGAAGCAUACAAAAAGCUUCUGGAGAGCGUAGAGAGGCGGAAAUCGAAGUUGGAAGCACUAAGUUUCGAGAUUGUGUUAAAUGAAAAGCGGUUGUCUCACCUACGUGAGUCACAUUCUCUGAAAAAGCCAGCGGAAAAGGCUGUUGAGGUGCCUCGUGAACCAUUUAUACCUCUUACUGAUGAGGAAGAAUUAGAAGUCCAACGUGCUUUCUCUACUAGAAAUCGAAGGAAGGUCUUGGUUACUCAUGAAAACUCCAAUAUUGACAUCACCGGAGAAGUUCUACAGUGCCUUACACCGACUUCAUGGUUGAACGAUGAGGUCAUCAACGUCUAUCUUGAAUUGCUAAAAGAAAGAGAAACUAGAGAGCCUCGAAAGUUUUUGAAAUGUCAUUUCUUCAGUACAUUUUUUUACAAGAAGCUAGUAAGCAAUGCUGGUUACAAUUACAAAGCUGUGAGGAGAUGGACUACACAGAGGAAGUUGGGAUAUUGCCUCAUUGAUUGUGACAAGAUAUUUGUUCCCAUUCACCGAGGUGUGCAUUGGACCUUGGCAAUUAUUAAUAAUCGAGACCGCAAGUUUCAGUAUCUCGAUUCGCUAAAUGGAAUCGAUCCCAUAAUUUUGAAUGCACUGGCUAAGUACUUGGUGGACGAAGCGAAAGACAAGAGGGGGAAAGACGUCGACGUUAGUUCCUGGGAAAUGGAAUUUGUGGAGGAUCUUCCUCAGCAGCAUAAUGGAUACGACUGUGGGAUGUUUAUGCUCAAGUACAUAGAUUUCUACAGUCGAGGUCUCGGACUGCAUUUCAGACAGGAGCACAUGCCAUAUUUCAGGUUGAGAACCGCAAAGGAAAUUCUUAGACUGCGAGCCGACUGAAGCUGCAUUUGAAGAUUUUUUUUUUUUUUUUUUUUGGGUAUUGGGGUAGUGAUGCUUUCAGCUUCAAAGCAAAAAGGGUAAAAAAAGCCACGGAGGAUAAGGCCAGUGAAUGUUUGAUGUUGUAGGAGUUCAUAUACAACUUAUAACAAUAGUUUUUUUUUUUUGUUAUUGGAUUUUUUUUUUAUUUUUUUUUUUUAGCUUUGGGUUUGGCUUGUGUCGAUCCCAACAACAAAUGAAAGCUUUUGGAUCUC